GUCCGCUGCGCGCCUGUCAAUACGAGAGAGAGGAGGAGAAGAAGAAGAGGGAAGAAGCGAGAGAAGGAAGGAAGGAAGGAGGGGGCACUGACGGAGCCACUCUGCCGCUGCUCGGAUCGCAUCGACGGGGGAACGCUCUCACUCCCACUCCCUCCGCUGGCUCUAUUUUAUACCUGACUCAAAUAUUUAAAGUGCAGCUACUCAAGGCUUAAUUUUUUUUUGUAAAGAAGAAAAAGGGGGAAAAACACACGAACAGAAAAGAUGGAUGUUCUACCCAUGUGCAGCAUCUUUCACGAACUUCAGAUAGUUCACGACACGGGCUAUUUCUCCGCCUUGCCGUCACUGGAGGAGUACUGGCAGCAGACAUGUUUGGAGUUGGAGCGCUACCUGCAGAGCGAGCCCUACGUCUCCACGGCCGACCUCAAGUUCGACGGCCAGGAGGACCUCUGGAGCAAGCUGAUCUUGGCCUGCGGGGACAAGGCCAAGGCCGAGUCCGACCCGAAGCUGCCGCGGGCGCACGAGGAGGACAAUCAGGACAGCCAAAUCUUGGACACCAACAGUGUGAAUUCAGACGCCAGCAGCGAGGCCUCGGACAGUUCGGAGGAGCUCUCGCCCACGCACAGCUUUACCUCCAACCCACUGGGCUCCGUCUUGGUUGGCUCUGGACCUUUUAGCCCCUCGGUCAUUAGCACGCCCCCUUCCUCGCCGGAGGCCAACUCGGAGCCCAUCACCGUGACGAACAGCUGGGUGGCCAUGCACGGCGACUUGCACUUGCCGGUCAAAAUCAGGAGCGGUGGCUCCGCAAAGGGUUCGGACAAGACGGGACUCAUGUGCGGGGAAGCGUCUCCGGACGGCAGGAGGCGAGUACACAGGUGUCAGUUCAACGGGUGUCGCAAGGUUUACACGAAGAGCUCCCACCUCAAAGCGCACCAGCGCACUCAUACAGGUGAGAAACCGUACAGGUGUUCAUGGGAGGGCUGCGAGUGGCGCUUUGCACGGAGCGACGAGUUGACCAGACACUUCAGGAAGCACACCGGGGCAAAGCCAUUUAAAUGCAGUCACUGUGACAGAUGUUUCUCCAGGUCAGACCAUCUGGCUCUUCACAUGAAGAGGCACGUCUAGAGAGCAGGGCGAGCGCUGAGCGAGCGUCGCAGUGAAGGGGUGGACGUUUUUUUUUUUUUUUUAAGAAGAAGAAGAAGAAGAAAACAAACGCCGACGUCUCUCCCGAUCCGGUCUCUUGGUUGAACUGUCCCAGAGAGCAAGAGUAGCGGGAGUGUGUUCCAGCCAAAGCAUGCCGUUUUGCACCAUACUGAAACCCAGUGCCUCCGGGACCUCUCUUUGGAGAAAGGUGCUCUGAAGGUUGUCUGUUGCGACAAGAGGACAAAAUCAUGGAAUGGGGAAAGAACUUUUUUUCAUUGAGAAGGACUUAAAAAAAAAACAAAAAAGACAAAAAAAAGAUAAAAAGACACGCAAACAGAAUGAAUGAUUUGUAUGUAUGGUGCAUGAUGUUUUGGGGACAUCUCCCGGACAGCAGAUACACUGGUACUUUAAAAAAAAUACCUGUCUGAGGUAAGCAUGUGUGCACUGUGAAUGUCUGAGAUUGGCCGCCGGGCCCCCGUGGAGAAAGAGAGCGAGGAUUUCUUGGAGAAAGAGAUGGACUGAUGGAUAGAUGGAGCGGGGCUGGUACCAAGGUUGCUGUGGACUGAAUGGGGUUUUCUGGGGGGGAGCGUUCCCACUCGUGUUUCCCCUGGUGGCAGCGAGAGGAGCAGGCAGAGAGAAAGUUCCUGCCCUGCCUGACACCCAGACUGAGUGGAGGAGGAGGAGAAGGGGGAAGUCUCCUUGGGUUUGACUAGAAAGAACUAGAGCAUUGACGUGCCCCCUUCUGGUCUGUGACCCGGGACCAAAACUCUCCCCCUCUGCCCUCCUCACUCCCUCGGUCACCGUAUGACCGGAGCUUUUUUUUCUUUCGGUGUUUUUGGUGCAGCUACUAAAUGUGCAAUGUGUUACGUAGCCUGGUUUAUUAUUUUUUUACACGCUACAAAGCUCAUUUGUAGUCCCAAUUGUAUAAGCUGUGUGCUUAGAGGUAUAAAAACACAACUAUACUAUAACUUCAGUAUCAUAGACAGGUGUUGCAUGGUUCUAGGGUUUGUUCACUUCCUGUUUCCAACUGUAUUCAGGACUGCAAAUAGGUUUUUUCUCUCAAUAAAAGUGCAGCUAAAACGCGAAACGGUUUUAAAUGUUACAAUAUUGUACAUAAGCGCCCCGAUGAUUUCCUCUUCAUCUUUACGACGUCAUCAAACAUUUCCCUUCACCCUGGCUCUGCACACGGCUGCAGACGGCCCCACUGCUUGCCGAUUUCCUCCUCAUUCAUCCUUUGCCUUGAGGAACACUUUUUUGAUUUUUUUUUUUUUUGUACUUUCCUUUUUCUAUCUUUAUAAUGCACUGUUGACCUUAAUGGUGCCUUAUGCAAGUGACUCAGCCCCGUGGCGGCGCUUGUUUUCGCUCCCCCCCCCCCCACCCCCCCUCGGGAAGUCACAUUUGUUGUAUGGGUGAUUUGACAAGCUUGAUUAAGGCUCAAUUACAAAUUAACUCACACCUCUCUGUGUGUAAUGGAAGCCGCCUGCAUCUAUUCCGAACGGUUAAUUGUGUUAAAUGUAAAUGCUCCGAAAAGUCUCUCUCUCUCGAUUUACACUUCUUUUUUUUAUUUCUGCCUCUUUCGACUCGAAGACGCAGCUCAGUUGAUGCACAUCACACUCAUUGGAGUCGGAACAUGUAAAUAAGACAAAUGCUGUAUGUUUAGAGCACUUAAAUUCAUUUCUUAAUGCUGUUGACUACUAUGUAGUAUGAACUCAAGUCCAUCACACUCGGCUCCAAGGUACAAAAUAACCAGAGUAGCUAGACCACCACGGUUUCUCUCACAGUUCAGCUCACACAGUGCUGCUCCUUCUUUUUGACCCUGUAUCCCUCCCCUCCAUCCUCUGCUCCCUGUCCCCCGCUCCGGUCCCCUCCGUCGCUGCCAGUGGGGCCGGAGAAAACGCUAAAGAUUUAUUGUAAUUAACAGGCCGCAGUCGGACAGGCCUUGCCUUGUACUGCCUCGCGGUAAUGAAUUGCUAAAGGCUUUGUUGGCAUGGAAUCUGUCACAGACUGCUGACUGUGUAGGUUGGGUUAUUGACCUGUCUGGGGGAGCGUUGUUUUAGCCAAGCUGCAACAGUAAUAUGAAGAAAAAAAGCAAGAGAGAGGAGGGGGGGGGGGGGGCGGGUGGGUUCUCUGCAGCAGAUAAAGAUCAAGCAUCGAUGUUGCACAUGGAAAUUUGGCCCCCAAAUAAAAGAAGAUCAAUGAAGUUAUCCCCUGAAAUAGAAUUUUCCCACUGGAGGUGGAUGGAUACCGGGCAGAAGGGUGGAGACCAGACUAAUUGUAGGGAUUACACUUAUUACUGCUUCAGGAUACAGUGAUUGGUGCCACCCGCUCCAGAUCAGCGACCUUGCUGCUGGAAUCCGUCGAUGUUGCAGCAAGUCGCACUGUGGCGUGUUCCAACAUAUGGAUUUCAGAUCAGCGGGGUGAAAGAGACACGAUGAGUACAAACCUGAAACUGCUUGCUGCGAUAGAUUUGGGAGUGCUGGCGACGCCUUUUGUGGGCAAAGCGAAGGAACAUCCAUUCUGUGGAAGCAGCAGCCAAUAUUGUCCGAGUGGUAAUUGAGCCUUGAUUUAGCCCCAUGUUUGCUCGCAUCUUUCACACUCUCACACUUCCCGUCAUCCUUCUUCAUCCCACUACUCCUCCGUCACACACAACUACACACAGACAAACACACACAGCUCUUUGUUCUCAACUGAAUCUUUGUAUAAAAAGAAAAAAAAACGACUUUUGUAAAAUUGUUAUGUUUUUGCUUUAUGAAAUUUUUAUUUGAAAUUGUUUUGCAAAAUUGUUAUAUUUCUGUAUGAAUGUAUUUUUUAUUGGAAUAAUAAGAAAUUCUUAUCUGA